UUGUCACCCCAACAAAACACUCCUUCGUUUCCCAAGUGCCAAACAGUCAGGAAUGUGCAACUUUGUUAGUCUUGUGGGUUGAUUUCUAACAGAAAGCAAAAAGAAAAAGAAAGAAAGAAAACAGAGUAGGCGUUCGCCAGAACUGUUCAAACAUACUACACAUCAAACAAAAAUGAUUGGUGAACUUGCAAGUUUUUUUUUUCAACAAAGUCCGUACGCAGACUUUGAACCCUGGCAAAGUUUAUCUUUAACCACGAGCCCCAUUGAUUGGCUGAUAAAGGUUUACUGGACAAUCGGCGAUGAGCACUUUGAUUAAACUAACAUGAGUACCCCCAACGAGUGUGCGUGUGAUAUCAGUCUCCAACCAAGUUUCGUUUGUGUUGGCGGGGAUACUGGUUCUUCUACACAGUGCGGUUGUGCCGUGACUGCCGUCAUUAUUUAGUUGUCUUGCUGUGGUUUCGCAUGCUGGCCAGGAAUUACUUGCAAUCAUGAACUUUCUUGGCGGAUCCCGUAUCUUGCUGCUCUGUGGUCUAGUGCUUGCAGUCUCCGCAGCGCCUGUUCAAGAACCAGAAGUGAAACCAUCAAAAAGGCACAAUUUGAACAGUGAUAAGGAACAGCUCUUGGCAAAGCUCAAAGAUAUAGAGAAAAAACUUGAAGGUCGUAGGUCAAGUCAGGUGCCUGGUGAUGAUAAUCCUGCCGCUGCGGCUGAACCAAGGAAGAAGGAGGCAGGAGGAGCAUCAACCAGAGAUGAAAAACUUGUAGCAUCACUGCUCGGAAGAGUUUCAAAAGACAAAGCAAGUCAGGAUGGAGUAGAUCCUGGAAAGAAGGCACUCCAACAGUUUCUGGAUAAGGCUCGUGUAAGCGGUCAGUUUGUGGAUGAGCCGUUUAGCGACACCGUGUUGGGACAAAUACCAGGCGACAAUCAAAAGGAGGAAGAUGACAUUGUUAAAAAAGAAGUGAAUGAUUUUGACAAGAAUGACAAGACGGCAAUGGUUGACAGCAUCAGCAUCGACGACCUGAAACAGAUGCUGAGCGACUUCAAAGAAAACAAAAGAGAGCUUGACAACAAUGACAUGCUGGCUAGGUUAGAUUUCCUCACCAUUGACGACCUGAAACAGUUACUGAGCAUGCUCAGACAAAACAAACCAGGCUACAGUCCAAGAGGCCUAGAUGGUGAAGAUGCGAAUGAUGAAGACGGUCAAGAUGGUGUUGGUGAGACUGGGGGUGAUGAUGAUGACGACGAUGAUGAUGAUGAUGAUGAUGACGAUGGUGAUUCGAACGGUUUUCUGCAAGGCAUUAGCGUGCAGGAAUUAAAGGAGCUCAUUGAGACUGUCAAACAGAAAAAACAAGAUGGGGCACUGACGCCGGGAGAUUUGGGCAAGGUUGUGUACUAUCUUGUAACUCACCUCACCACCGACGAUCUGCAAACCAUGUUGGAUGCUGCCAAGGACCAAGAAAAAGAAGAAGAAGAAGAAGAAGAUGAUGAUGAUGAUGAUAAUGAUGGAAUGACAGAAGAAGAAAUAGGCCAGGCCAUUCAGAAUCUUGUCAGCCAUAUCAGCGCAGAUCAACUGCAGAGCUUACUGGCUGCCGUCAAGGCUAGGAAGCAAGAACUGGACGACAAUUCAGAGGAGAGCAAGGAGUCUAGCAGUGAAGAUGGACUUGAUGACAGAGAGCUUCAUCAGACAGAGGAGGAGGUCAUGCAAGCCUUGUUGGACUUCUUGUCUGGGCUGAGUACAGAGGAGUUGCAGAAGACCAUCCUAGCUGUCAAGAGGAAGAAAAUGGAAAUGAAGCAGGCUGUAGGAGAUAUAACAGGCGAGUACAUACAAGCUAACGAUGACACUAAUGACAAUGACGAUGACACUCACAUUGACGAUGAUGUCACUAAUGAUGGGAACAACGAUGCGGUCGAGAGCGAUGAUCUUGGACCCUGCGCUCAAGAGAAACAAGACAUCCUGGACAAAAUCGAGGCCGCUAGACUAGCCAACAGUCACCUCCUGGGUGGCGAGGUGCCAAACUGUGACGAGGAUGGCUUCUAUGCUCCAAAACAGUGCUCAGGAUCUAUGUGCUACUGCGUGGACAAACACGGAACGGUCACAGAGGGCGAGGCGAUGAUCUGGGAAGCGACAUCGCUGGUAUGCAGUCAGGACAAUGACGAUGCAAGCAGUGAUAGUUCUUCAGAGGAGGAUUCAUCAAGCGAUGUCUCUGAAGAUGACAAAGACGAUGAUGAAGACGAAGAAAGUGCAAGUGACGAUGACGAUGAGGAGGUCAAGCUGGAGCAGGUCGAGCGAGACCUGCUGGAGAUGCUGAAGGAGCAAAAGCGCCAACAAUUGUCCAAGAAUGGAGGUCUCAACAUGUAAAAUGACCAUGCUCGUCUCAUAAAUUGCAAAAAGAAUUGAAAUAAAAUAAAAUUAAAAAGAAAACAUUUAAAAUGUGGUUUAUUUUUAGUGUGCUGUUAGUAACUAUAUAGUGUCCCUAAGAUAAAAUAAUGAACCACAAAAUAUCAGAUCUAUAAAGUAUAUUAUGUACAAUCUGUGCACAAAAUGGGACGAUUUUUGUUUUUGUAUAUUUUGCAUUUUCAGUUUUCAAAUAGUCUAAAAACGUACCUAAGAAAUGGUGGUAAAAUCAUGCAGGAAUUGCAUUAACAUGGCUAUAGAAAGGCAAUGUCCAACCCAAUCGCUAGUUGUGAGGGGAAAAAACAGCCAUUUUCUUAAUCUUUGGG